CUGCGGGAAGCAGUAGGGGGGACGGGCAGCUGAAGCUGGGGCAGGGGAACUUUUCUCUGGAGUGGUAGGAAGAGAGGUGAAUGGGUCUUAUCUUCCCAUUUCUUGCGGGAAAACCUAAAGAACACUUCUUCCUGUGGAAAACAGACAUUACUCGCCAGAGCCACCCACUUAAGGAAGCCAGACUUCAGAGUUUUGUUUUUGUUUUUCUCAUGCCCAGGAGGUGUCUGGAGAACCUAUGACAAAAAAGACUCCUGAAGCCUGAUACCUCAACAUCUCCACCUGCCGGUGCAGCUGAUCUGACCUGAUGGCUUAUUAUUUCUUACUGAGAAUAGCUAAGGCCUUUUGGCUCUUGACUGUUUUGAAUGCCUUGGAAAAUUCAGAGUUUGCAAAGUUUGAAUGCCAGAAAGAAGUAUCUGCUUGCAGAAAUGACCAGGUUGAGAUAAUCUGCAACAGCACCAUGGACUUUGAUGGUAUAGACUUGUAUUUUCGUAAAGACAAGAAGGACAAAGACAAACUCCUCUUCAGCAUGACCACAGUAGGAGAGUCUCCCCUUCAGCAUGGGAUGCAUCUCAAAUUUAAGAACCAAGAAGUCACGUUGGUGAUUCAGAACAUCCAAUUUUCCCAUCAUGGAAUCUACCGGUGGCAUCUUUCAGGGCACGGGUCCUCAAAUAAGUUCACUACACUAACUGUUUCAGAACCCCCUAUGAUCUCCAAGGAAAAUGGCUUACUGAUCUGCCGAGCAACCAGGGUUAAGGCAGGGAGAAGAAUCAUCUGGUCCAAUGACCUGCCAAGAGUGAAGACAGAGUUCACAUCCAAUCAGGAUGCCACAGACCUAUUCAAUCUCAGCAGCUCUCAAGUUUGGAAUGAUAGUUUCUACAGUAAUCCACCAUGCUGUAAAGUCGUGGAUGAGAAGGGCUCCCAAGAACUUUGUUCACAAACUUGCUAUACCAGUGCCAUCAUGGAAAAGUCCUCAGGUACUCCAGCGACAAAUCAAAACAAUACACAGUGGCCUAUAAUCAUGGCAAUUGUUCUGAUUUUGGCUAUUCUGAUUGCUGUCUUCCCAUAUCUAAAAAAGAGACCAGUGUUGAGUAGUCGUUCAUGCAUGACUGUCCUCUAAUCAUAUUGUUUUCCAUCAUCUAUGAUAUGUCCAACUUUAUUUUUGUUUUGGCGAUGCAAUUGGAAUUAAGUGACUU